AUGCAGCUUGAAAAGCCUUCAGAAUGUCAGAACACAACAAAAAUAAAAGAGUUCAUCCUCCUUGGAUUUGGGAACACUGAGAACUUGAACACUCUCCUCUUCAUAUUAUUUCUAAUUGUUUAUACUGUAACAUUAUCUGGGAACCUUCUCAUAAUCACACUGGUUGUCCUGAAGAAAUAUCUCCACACCCCUAUGUAUUUCUUCCUUUCUCAUCUCUCCUGCUUGGAGAUCUGCUACACCUCAGCUAUAAUACCUAAAAUGCUGGCCAUUUUUCUUACUGGCAAAAAGACAAUUUCUCUUUGGGGCUGUAUUUUACAGAUGCAUUUCUUUUCCACUCUGGGAACUACUGAAUGUUACCUCUUGGCAGCAAUGUCCUAUGAUCGUUACCUAGCGAUAUGUAGACCCUUGCAUUAUGUCACACUUAUGAACAACAAAACAUGUAUUUUUCUAGUUUCAGUGUCAUGGAUAAUAGGAUUUCUGCUUAUCACAGUUUUGACAUCCUUGUUGACACAACUCACAUUUUGUAAUCUAUACAAAAUUGACCAUUUCUUUUGUGAUUUCACACCCUUGGUACGACUUUCUUGCAGUGACACUUGGAUGAUUGAAAGUGUUGCUUUGAUAACAUCAUCUCUAGGAAUUCUACCUACAUUUUUCAUAACGGUCUCAUCUUAUGCUUUUAUCAUCCGGGCAAUUCUGAACAUCCCAUCUGGGAGAGAAAAGGCAUUUUCCACCUGUUCUUCCCAUCUCACUGUAGUCUCCAUUUUCUAUGGAUCCUUAAUGUUUGUCUACAUUUUGCCAACCACUGGAAAAUUCAAAGAUAUGAAAAAGGCCUUCUCUUUCCUGUAUUCGGUUCUUACCCCCAUGGCCAACCCAUUCAUUUACAGUCUACGAAACAAAGACAUAAAGAAAAUCCUCAAAAAAGAAUUUUCACAUUAA